AUCACACAGCGGUAUAAAUACGACUCCGUGUCCUCGACAAACACCAGAAAGCUCUCUGUGCUCUUCAGAUCUAGUUCGAAUUCAUCCUCCCGGUUUUUCUACAAUCAUGGCCCUUAUGCCGUUUUUCGACUUGGACACGAUGUUGGAACCGUUCGACCCCAUCAUGUCGGUCGCUGAUCCCUUCGCAGUGAAUAGAUUCAACAUGAAUAUGCCGCGAUCGAUGAAGAGAUCGAUGCGCCGCAUGAACCGAGAAAUGGGAAAACUUCUCUCCAGCAUCAAGGAAGACGACAAAUCAUUUCAGGUGAUGGUCGAUGUUUCGCAUUUCCAGCCAAACGAGAUCUCGGUUAAAACUACCGACAAGGACAUCAUUGUACAAGCCAAGCACGAAGAACGUAAUGACGAGUUCGGCGGUGUUUCACGGGAAUUCCGUCGUCGUGUUACUAUUCCGCAAGGAGUCAAUCACGAGUCGGUAACGUCCACCAUGUCGCCGGAAGGAAUUUUGACCAUCAUGGCUCCAAAAAUGAUGCUUGAAGGCGCUAAAGAACGAGUCAUUCCAAUUACGAUGGCGCCUUCAGCUGGAUCCAGCAGUACGGCCACUCCAAUUGAAUCCAAGAAAUAGAUUCGGGGAGAAUUCAACCACUACGAAAACGUUUAAUACCGUUUCUUGUUCUUUCGGUUGUGUUCAAUGUUUGUUUUGUUUCUUACGGUACGCUAUCCGUUUGAACUUUGAAAUACAGAAAUAAUUUUGG